UUAUCAAUGAAGCAUGAUUACUGGCCAUACGGUUCAAAUAUUUGGGCCAUACGAGCACGCGGGCCCCAGUUGCUGGCGACACAGCCGACAAUCGCAAGUCGCAACGGAAGCAAAACCAAGUACAGCUCCCCCCUUAACCUUUUGUUCAUUAAAUACCCGUUCGUCUCUCCCACGCUCUCCCUCCCUCUCUGUCACUCCCCCAAUAUGCCAGCCUCCCCCUGGUUCUCUUCCUGCUCUACCGCGGCCUGCACGUCCUUCGUGACGGACGCAACCAUCGCAAUGCCCACAAAGCGCGACUCUCCCCAAAACAAUAUCCUCUCCGACUCGAGCAGCAGCUCCGAAAUCCCAACCUCCACUGACUACAGCAGCAUCAGCAGCCUUCGGUCCAACCUCUCCCUCCAAACUCUUCCAUCCAUACCCUCCCUCCAAAAAUCCUCGCCUGAGGACUCCUCGUCCUCAUCUCUAUCAUACACCUGCCUAUCUUCCUUCAAAACCCACCCCUGCUACGUCAGCUCCCUCGCCCUCUCCCCCACCGCCAAUCUCCUCUACUCCACCUCCGCCAACGAGAUCCGCGUCUGGGACCUCUCCACCUUCUCCCAGAUCGAAGCCUUUAAUGGCAACGGCUCCGGCUCCGUCAAGUCCGUCAUCUUCUCUAACGGAAAGAUCUUCACCGCUCAUCAGGACUCCAAGAUCCGUGUCUGGCAGAUAACAGAGCCCAAACGGCAGCACCGUCUCGUGACGUCACUCCCCACGGCUAACGACGUCCUCCGCCGCUUCAUCUUUCCCAAGAACUACGUCCGCAUCAGACGGCACAGGAAACGCCUCUGGGUCCAGCACGCUGACGCCGUUUCCUCCCUCGCCGUUAGUAACGGCCUCCUGUAUUCCGUCUCAUGGGACAAGAGCCUGAAGAUCUGGCGGGAAUCCGACCUCCGCUGCCUCGAAUCUGUCACCGCCCAUGAAGACGCUGUCAACGCCGUCGCCGUCUCCGUUGACGGAACCGUCUACACGGCGUCAGCGGACAGCCGGAUCAGAGUAUGGGGGAAGGCGUUUGGUGAGACAAAGCAUUCGCUGAUAGCGGCGCUGGAAAAACACAAGUCUUCGGUAAAUGCCCUCGCCUUGAGCGCGGACGGAUCGGUGCUGUACUCGGGCGCUUGUGACCGUUCGAUACUCGUGUGGGAGAAGGAGGACAGCGCGCACCAUAUGGUGGUGACGGGUGCGCUGAGGGGGCACAGCAAAGCGAUCUUGUGCUUGAUCAACGUUGAGGAUUUACUGUUCAGUGGGUCAGCUGAUCGGACGGUUAGGAUUUGGAGGCGGGGGAGAGGGAAUGCGUACGGGUGCUUGGCGAUUGUUCAAGGGCAUGAGAGGGGAGUGAAGUCGUUGGUUGGGGUUUGGGAUGGGAAGGCUGGAGCGUUUAAGAUCUGCAGCGGGAGCUUGGACGGUGAGAUCAAGGUGUGGCAGGUGUCGGGUCCAGAUAUCGGGCGGUCGAAUUCGUCUCCUGAUCUUCUCGGCUGGAAAGUAUGACAAUAGGAAUUUACGAUGUGAAAUUGAGAUGGUUUGGGAUUUUUUAUUAAUUAAUUUUUUCUUCUUCUUCUUUUUUUC